ACCGGCGGGGCGCAGCCGCCGCCCGCCGCCGACAUGGACGACAACGUGGUUCUCCUCAGCGAUUCGGACUCGGAGGGCGCCCGCUCGCCGCCGCUCCAGCCCGGCCGCUCCCGCGACUCGCUGCCCGUCCCCGCCGUGAGUCCGUGGCUCCCGCCGUUGCCCCACACAAGAUGGCGGCGCUGCCAUGGCGGGCGGCGGUGGGAGCCGCGCUCGGACUAGCGGCCUCUGGGGCAGUGAGGGGUGGGCGUGUGCUCUCCGGUGCCGUCCCGCCCCAGCCGCCUCCUCAGGGACCUCCCACCCUACUCCCAGCCGGGCUCGGGUCCCCGCGGGCACCUCCCGCCUGCAGAGCCCCGUUCACAAGCGUGCCCCCUCCCCGCCUGCUUGGCCGUGUACCCUCAGAAAGAGCCCGGUGCCUGCCAUAAAGUGCCGCGGUGCCCUCGCUGCAUCCCGAGAAGGGUCUGGCGCUGCAGGCUCGCCCCCGCCGGGUCGGGCCGCGAGUUGCGGUGGGGCGCUGCCGCCCCUCUCCCCGUGCCGUUCCUCUGCGCUGUCCCGCUCCCCGGCGAGUGCGGGGCCGGUGGGGCCGUGCGGCGGCGGUUCCGGCACGAGGCCCAGCCCGCACCGGGGAACGGUCGGUCCCCGGCCCCACACCGCUGUCCCGGGUCCUGAGCCCCGCACCGCCUGCCCUCCGCAGCUCCUCUUGCGUGCCGGAGCCCGCUGGGCUUUCCCACCUCCUUGGGGAAGGCAGCAGGCAAUCAUUGACCUGACCUGUGAGGAUGUAAACACAGACCCAACACCAUCGAGCAGCCUCACCAUCAUCGACCUGACUGAGGACAUGUACAGCCUUCUCCACUCCACCCUUGGUGCUGCCCAGAACCGCAGAAACACUGGCCCAGCAGCACACACGUCCCACCCCCAACUCUGCCCCACCGCAGAAGAAGAAAUGCAGGCAGUGGCAGAGCUGAGCCCUGCACCAGCAUCACACAGCACUCCUGUGAAGCUCAGUUCCACCACAGUCACAGAAGAAACCAUGGAGAACUGCAGCUGCCUUUCUCCUGCCUCCGGGCAUCACAGCUGGAGCUCAGAGGAUUCUGGCACUUCUGCCUUUAACAGCUUGGACUCACAGUCAGACUCAGACUGCCUGUCCCCAUCUCCCCCCAGCCUGGAUAGCAACAGCAGCAGAAGAGCUGAUGGCCCAGAGGAAGAUCCCCCCCAGCCCUGCCAGGAAAGGAACCUCCCCCCAAGGUUGAGCCCUGCCCCAACCAUUCCUGUAACACCAGAAAAGACUCAAAGGUCUUUGCCAGAAUCAAAUUACUUCCUACCACACCAACCAAUCCAGCAAGCCACCCCAGCCAGGACUGACAGUGACAGCAAGGCCUGUCUGGACAAACUACACAAUUUCAGCAGGAAUGGAGUCCAGCACCUCUUCUUCCAAGGCACAGUACCCAACAGGGAAACACAGCAGCAGAAACCUGGGCUCAUCCCCAGCGGGAAGCUGAGCAUGGUGCACACCACCAUGGAGGAGAAUAGCCUGGAGGGCACCUUGUAUUUCCUGAAUGAGUUUGUCUCCUGCCAGCACCAUCCCCCCAAAGAAAUCAUCUGUGACCUGAUCAAAAAUCUGCUGUCAGACACCCAUGAAGAGGAGAUCCUGAGUGGCAUCUACAUGAUGCUGAUGAAAAUCCAAAUGCUCCAUCCAGCCAACAUCACCACGGUGGGAUGGGACUGGACACUGUUGAGAUUCAUCAUGGACAGCCAGGAGAAGCCCCCUGGCCAGCUCCUCUUCCUGCAGUACGUAGUACAGACCCUGGAGGAUGACUUCCAGCACAAUCUGAAGUCACACCAGCUGCAGAAGUCAAUUGCCAAGGAAGUGCUUUCAUGUGACUUGUGCUUCAGCAAUGUCAAGGAAGUGGUCAAGUGGUUGGUGGCAGCAGUUACUGGAGUUGGGUUCUCUCAGCCCUGGGAGCAGCUGCAAGAAGCCAGGGCUGAACACAGCUCAUCUUCACCAAGGCUGGCCAGCACUCAGACAGCUUUCUUUGCCCAAAAGGCAAUGCUUCUGCUCCAGAGGAUGUUGUCCAUGGCAGUGGAAGUGGACAGAUCUCCCACCUGCAGCUCCCGUAAGAUUGCAGACGACGUAUUCCCGUUCAUACUGAAUAUCCCCCUGAGGAGCCAAAGGGAAGCUUUAUUAAACACUAUGGAGAGCCAGCUCCUGCGCUGCAGACUGCUAGAGCUAUUAUUCCAGCACAGUUGUGAUGUGCCCACAACCUCAUCCAUGUCUCUGGACAAGAUCCUGUAUUUCCUGAGCCACUCCUCUGUGCUGCCACAAUUCCAGGAUGAAACAGCAACAUGGCAAAGGUGGGACGAGAUGCUGCAGUACUUGAGCUUGCUGCUGCUGAGUUACCAAAGUGUAAAACUGGAGCACCUGCGGGCCUCUAUCAGUGACAGGAUGGAUUUGAUUGCUCAGAAAGCCAAGCCCAGGCUCCAGGACAGUGAUGACAUCAGCCAGCUGGAUAUUCAGCUGAAGAUGAAUGACUUCAUCAGCAGAAUGCAGGAGACCCUGGAGCAGCCUUUUCCCCCACAAAUCCAGGAGAAAUUGUUCAUGCUGCAGGAGUUGUUCUAUGUUGUCACUGCUGCCUGAUGGAGACAGCCACUGCAGCAAAGGAGACAAAACUUCAUGUUUUCAACAGAGAACUCCCCCAUCUCAUGCUGCAAUCUCAGCAUCAUGGGGGUUGCUUUAUACACUUCUUUUGAAAGGUGUUUGGUUUACAUUGGCUCAGAAUUUCCGUUCAAGUUUGCCUCCUUGUGCAGUUUUACAAAGCACUUUGUACACUUUAAAAAAAUGAGUUCUUUUAAUGUUU